AUGAAUGAGUCGGAGCAACAGGCCAGUGAAGUCAUGCAGGAAACUGCUCAAAAUCUGUCGACCUGGAGCCUCUACGUUGAUGGAUCAUCGAACAGAAAGAAGGUCGAGACAUGUCUUCUUUUUUUUAGUCUUGAAGGGGCUCGCAUUCACGGCAUUCUCCAAUUCAGUUUCAAGGCAACCAAUAAUGAGGCCGAGUAUGAAACUCUGCUCGCUGGACUGCGGUUGGCUAAGGAGAUGGGUGCAACCGCGAUCAGUAUCCACAGCGAUUCCAUGCUGAUCGUUAACCAAAUUUUGGGAGAGUACCAAGCCAAGGAAGAAAAUAUGAUCAGCUAUCUGAAAAAGGCUAAGGCCGCACUAGAGCUAUUCAAGCACUUCACGAUCACGCAAAUUCCUAGAGAUAGCAACUUUGUGGUAGAUGCAUUGGCAAGGAUAGCCUCGUCAUUGGACUCAGAUACACUGGAGAGCAUUCCUGUUCGAUUCAUUGAGACCUUUAGUAUUAGCCCAAUCGAACAGCCCAUGAAUGUAACAAAAUCAGAUUCCUAG